GGUGGGGGUGGUGAAACGAAAGGGGUGGGAGGAGACUCUGCUCCGGGUGCAGACCGACAGGGGGGAAAAUGAGGAGGGGACUGCAACCGCACGCCCUCGCCGGUCGGCCGGCCGCGUCUCCCAUGGACUCCGGAAUGACCGCUGCUGUCGCCGUCAGCCUCCCUGCCCGUAUCUCUCCUGCCGCUGCAGCUUUCAUCCAGAUCCACAGCAGUUCCGGGGCAUCCGCGUUGGGGGCGCCUUGGGUCUCCUCCUGCUGUCCCGGGGCUGCUUGUGGCGUGGCGGAGGGCACUCGGCCCAGUCUCACGGGCAGCAGCGGCACCUCCUUGUACUACACCCCGCACGGGCCCGCCGGACGGACGGUGCUGCUGCAGCCCGCCCUUGGAAGUGGAGGCCGACCCCCGGCAAAGCGAAGACUGGAGCUUGGAGAAAGCGGGCAGCAGUUUCUGGCUGAAGGAUUAAGAACGCCAAAGGGGAAAGGGAGAGCUGCAACUAGAAGCCCAGAUAGUCCAAAAACUCCCAAAUCUCCUUCAGAAAAGACACGAUAUGAUACGUCACUUGGUCUUCUCACCAAGAAGUUUAUUCAACUGCUGAGUCAGUCCCCAGAUGGUGUUGUAGAUUUGAACAAAGCGGCAGAGGUCCUUAAGGUACAAAAAAGGAGGAUUUAUGAUAUUACCAAUGUCCUGGAGGGCAUUCACCUCAUUAAAAAGAAAUCCAAGAACAACAUUCAGUGGAUGGGCUGCAGUCUAUCUGACUUUGGGGGCAUGUUGGCACACUGUCAAGGCUUGUCUAAGGAGGUGGCAGAACUCAACCAGGAAGAACAGAAGUUGGAUGAGUUGAUACAAAGCUGUUCUGUUGACCUCAAGCUACUAAGAGAAGAUUCUGAGAAACGGAGAUUAGCUUAUGUUAGGUAUGAAGAUAUCCAAGAAAUUAGUAGCCUUAAAGACCAAACUGUCAUACUUGUGAAAGCUCCUCCAGAAACAAAACUUGAAGUGCCUGACCCAGUAGAGAAUAAGAUAAUACACUUAUCUAGUACCCAGGGGCCUAUUGAGGUUUACUUGUGUCCAGAAGAAACAGAUUACCACAGUCCAAUGAAAACACAGGAUCAGGAUCACAAUGGAAAUAUCUCAAGAAAUGUUCCCAAAGAUGUGAUUUCUGAUAACUUGGGAAGUCUUGACUGCUCGGUAACUACAACAACCAUCUCCCCGUUGGCCUCACCAACCAACCUUCUGCAGCAGACGGAGGACCAAAUUGCUUCAGGUUUUGAAGGGCCAUUUGUAAACUUGCUGCCUCCUUUACUUCAUGAAGACUAUCUGCUUAGUCUUGGCGAAGAGGAGGGAAUCAGUGAUCUCUUUGAUGCUUAUGAUUUGGAAAAAUUGCCAGCAUUGGUGGAUGAAUUUUUAUGCAGCUGAUUAUUCCUUCUCUCCCUCCCUCCCCGCUCCCUAUUUUUAACAUAAAGCCGGAAUACCUGCUGUCAUUCCAUGUUAUCUAUUAUCUUACCUCCUAACCCUUGUCCCAUUUCAAGAUCAGCAUUUAGAGUGCUUGUAAAGGAAUACUUUCUAGAAUAGUGCAAACACAGAACUGCAGACUUUCUCAUCAGUCCCAAGUCCCAAGUUCUGGUAACUACAGAUUUGGCAAAUUACAGAAGAAUGACCUCUGAAAUGGAGGAAUUAUGAUCUGUUGUUGUGUCUACAAACUUUGUGAAGGGCUCAAGAACAGUAUGUCACACAAAGCAAUUCUUCCUUUAUAUUUCAAGCUGUGCCUUCUGUGUAGAAUGUGUCUUGAGUCUUUGAUAUGUAUCUACAGUAAUAGUAACUGCAAAAAAAGUGCAAAAUACAGAAACAAAGGUGUGAGAUGGACUUCUUCCAAAGCUUUCUGGGAGUGUUUGUAUUCUUCUCCAUGGCCCAAUUCUUGAGCUGAUGUACCUAUCUUUGAUAUUUUAUAUAAAGUGUAUUGCAGUUCUAAGUAAAACACAGUAAUGGUGGCCCCAGUCCAACACAGUGUACCUGGAGCAGCCAGGGUCACACAUUUGUAACCUUUUGAAAAAAGCUGAAAUUUUUGUAGACCAGCUAUUUGAAAGAGUGAAGGGGGAGUGGACAGGGUAGGUUGAAUCCAACUGUCUGAUCUCAGUUGAUGGGAUUUCAGCUCCUCCCUCCCCCUGAGCUACACAUGCACAUUGCCAUGUAUCAGAUAAGGCUGGGACUUGUAUGUAUUUUCAUACAGUUGUCCAUCCACCUCUAGCUGGAUCAGGGUGAUCAUUUUUGCCAUAGGAACUAGAAGUUUAAAAAAAAAUUCUGUAUGUGAGGAAGUCGCUUGUUAAAAUAUAAAAUAAAAAUGCACAGUUCAUUCUUACAGUCCACAGCGUGCAAUAGAACUGGUAUGUAAAAGUUUUGUGGUACGAAAUGGGGCUCUGUGUUAAGUGCCUACUAGAGUUGCAAUGUGGGCUUCUUCCUGUAAUGGACACUAUGCCAAGCUUCACCUAUUUAGAACAAUGUGUUUAUUUUAGUGGAUUAGCUGCCUCUGCUUCCAGUUUUAGGAGUUGAUACAAAACUGACAUUUUACUCAACGUGUAAAUAACGUACUUGUCAGUACUCAAGUGAAUUUUAAUUUAUAACACUUUGCUGGUUUAGUGUAUGUGCUCUGAAAUGAAUAGAAUUCAUCCAUCUAUCUAACACACAGCUGUGUAAAAAUGUUGCCACUUUAGAUUAAUUAGCAGUUUGUAUUUUUUCUAUCUGAUGCUUAAUAAAUUACUAAAAUGUUUGUGUUUUAAAUAUAUAGGUGCAGGUUUUCUGGUACCACUGAUAUGCUGCUAUAGACACUCACAAAUGAAAUGGCUGAGUAAUCAUAUGAAAGCUGUACGAGUGAACCUUG